AUGCCACAACUAAACCCAAGCCCAUGAUUCUUUAUUAUAGUAUCCUCGUGACUAACCUACUCAUUAAUUAUCCAACCAAAACUACUAUCUUUCACCUCCACAAACCCGCCAUCUAACAAAACACCCGUAACCUCAGACAUUACUCCCUGAACCUGACCAUGAACCUAA